AAUGAAAUCCUACUUCUCAAUCGGAUUAAUAUUUAAUGGGGCUCCAUUCACUUCCAACAUAUAUUAACCUCUAUUUGUUAUGUUGGUUUGCUUGUAAUCAGCGAGUGGGCGGUGAAGGGAGGAAACAGUGGAGGCGGAGGAGAGAUUACUGAUGCAGGGCGAUUACACACAUAGGGUGUUGUUAUGGCCGAAAAUACUGAAUUACUGUUUUUUGACACCUUUUCACACGAAAGUUCGGAGGAGCUGAAUUUAGACUUAGUACAAUUUCCUAAACCAGUAUUUGUCAGUGAGGUUCGUAUCAUACCACUUGGCGCAAGAGUUCAAGCAGAUUUUCCAGGCGGCGUUCGAUUGGGAGCCACAAAUCCUUCACAGUUUGAUAUAGAGUUUUUUGUGAAUGACCUAAGUAAACCUGGAGCUUCUACAUUUGAAAGCCUAGGUGGCUUGGAGUAUCGGCAAAAUGGCAACAUUCAACUUGAAAGUGAUAGAAGAAUUCCCACUGAUGGAUUGGUAUUGCGUGGUUGGUAUACAACCAUUACAUUGGCUGUUUAUGGAGUACUUACAAAAGCCAUUCAAGAACCUGUGGCACCUCCUCCUCCUCCUGUCAUGGUUCCUCUUCCGGUUACACCUGCAGGAACAUGUUCAGAUCCACGAGUACCUCCUGAAACCCUUGUGAAUAGUACAGCUACACCAGAAUGGGUACAGCAACAUGCACAGGUUCCAGAACCAGUAGUUGAGCAGGGUUAUAUUGUAGGUACAAAUGUACCUCCCCCUGAUCCAUAUGCUGGUAGUUAUUCUGGUGAGACAUAUCACCCACAACCUGAAUACUCUCAUCCAUAUAGAGAAGAGUGGCCUCAACAACAGAGGUCUGUAAUGCAUCAACCAACUCAUCCGCCUGCUGAGCCAUAUGAAGCACCAAAAGAUCCACGACCGAUUUCUGCAUAUGAGGGAGAACCUCUGCCAUGGGAAAGUGGAGGGUCAAUAGAGGACAAAUUACCAUGGGAAAGAGAUAGGGGGAAAGAGAGAGAAAGAGAUAGAGACAGAGAUCGUGAUCGCGAUAGAGAUCGAGAUCGUGAAAGAGAUAGGGAUCGGGAAAGAGACAGAGACCGAGACAGAGAGAGGGAUCGUGAACGUGACCGUGAGAGGGAUCGUCAUCGAGACAGAGAACGUGAGCGAGACAGAGACCGCAGCAGCAGAGAAAGAGAUCGUGAUCGUGACAGAGACUUUAGGGACAGAGAAUCAGAUCGUGACUGGGAUGUUCGCAGCAGAAGAGAAGAGCGUGAUCGUGACAGAGACCGGGAGAGAAGCACGAGUAGUGCACGUGAAUACCGUGAAGUGUCUCGUGAGAGGGAUUGGGAAAGAGGAAGUAGUUCAGGUGGUCCUGGGUGGGGAAGUCAAGGUCCUCCAAGUAGGCGUGAUCGAUCUCCAGUUAUCUCGUGGAGUGAACGAAGCUCUGAACCUCCUCCUGCUUUGAAGGGCCUUCCUAUCACUCCCCUGACUGCAGAACCUGUGGCUCCAUUGCCUUCCCACCACCAUCCUCACCACCACUCUCACCACCAUGAAGUACCACCACCAGUGUCCAGUGGAAGUCUCCAUGGCAGACACCUGCCACCCCAUCCUCACCAUGAACUGCCUCGAGCUCACUCCCGAGAACGUAGAGGGCCUGGUCCUCCCCCUCAUCAGUGGGAUCUUCAGCAGCAGUCUCAGCUCAAAGAGCGGACUUCACAGGAGAGGGACGAGCUGCUGCCGGGUAGGAAAAGGCCUCGCACACCUCCUCCGCAGGCACCCCCUGUCAGCAUUCAUCGUUCACCGAAGAGACCUCAUACGCCACCACCACCACCUCAGCUGUUGCAGCAACAACCGGCGCCAAAUCUGCUGGAAGAGAAACCUGGAGGUCUCAGGUGGCCAGUGGCUGCUCCUGUUUCCCCUACCAGAAAUGAGGCCAUCGAAGUGAAGAAAGGUACUUUCUUUGAUGUUGACUUGGUUACAAAAGGAGUGUUGAUAGGCGAAAGAGGUGAUGCUGCUCCUAUUGCAGAAGUGAGCUCACCGACCCUGUCAUCUGGAGCUCCGCAGAAAUAUGAAUCCCUCUCUCCCGGUGAUGUGGAAUCCAUAUCAGAAGGCGAGAUUCCCGAAACUGAGGCAGAUUUGGAGCCAGACCCAGCAGUGCCCAAGAUGGAACCUAUGGAUGUGGAAGGGAAUGGCCAGGACGGUGUAGGUCUCAUCCCACCCGAAGAACCUGCUGCAACUACUCCCGAAGCAAUGCCAACCCCUGAGAAGGAGAUGCCAGCUGUAAAGUCUCGUCCCACAACUCCUCCUAUUGUUCCUUCUAGCCCAGUUGCUACUUCACCUAUAAAAGUGGCAGUUCCAAGUCCAACAAUUCAUCCAUCUACUCCCCCAACCAUUAUUCCACCCAAUAGAGUAACCACUCCAGCUGAUUCUCCAAUACCUCCAGAUGAGACUGGCAUGGAUGUAGAGCAGUUUGAACCUAUCCUGAGCGAUGAAGAUAUUGUUGAUGAAAAUGAUCAGUUCCAAGAUGAAGAUUACGAAUUUUCAGAGGAAGUUGAUGAGCCAGUUAAGUCAUUUAAUCCCUUUAAUUGUGAACUGCACUCCUUGACGUUCUUGGCAGAUCCUGGUUUGUCUGCUUAUGAAGCAGAGGAGAAACGAGCUUAUCGCUUGCAGUCCCUACUUAACCCUGGGAAGACUUUACCUGUGCCCAAAGAAACCACACGUUUAGAAGAGCUAAUUCUUGUUCAAGGAAAGACUUGCACUGGAUCUUGUCAAGAUUCUAGUAAUGUGGUCCUGCAAGUGCAGGAAGAUUGGGUGGACUUGGCUGAGCAAAUUCCUCCUCUUUUGGUGCGAGGACUGCCAUAUGUUGCAAAUCGUGAAGUUGUUUCUAUUCUUCUAAAAUGGGUGCAUAUUGGUUUGGAUUUCAAUUUGGCACUUGGACAACCUCAACCUGGUUACAAAGUUCGACACAUCAAGGCUGGGGUGCGCCUUGUUGAAGCUAUGUGUCAGUGUGGAGAAACUAUGGUUAAGCGUUUGUUGAAAGCCCAAGACAUACAUUCAGCACUUUUGGAUUUGUAUCAUCGAGAUUAUAUGGCUCUAUCUAUAAAACUGAUGAUUUUACGAGCAUUAGAUGCUAGCCUUUGUUGCCAGUUUGCUGUGGAGCAUUUUAUGGGACAUAAAAAUUCUAAACUUGCAAGCGGUGAUCAUUCCAGAAAUGGAUAUCGGACGUUGUUAGAAAUGAUGCAAGGCAACCAACUAGCAAGAGUAAAGUAUGCAAUUAGUUGUCUUCUUCGUAAAUUACAUGCAUAUGAAGUUUUAGCAAAAUUGAAUGAAAGUGUGAAAGUGUUGGUUGACAACAACCCUCUUACUGUACCAGAAGAGGGUGGUGGGGAUGCUGGUAGACUAGUAAUGAAAGAAAGAAGUCCUGAUGGAUUGUUGCCUAGUAUGGAGAUUUCAGAACGCGAAGUUGAAAUGAUAGUAGCUUGCCUUGAUGAAGUUUUAAGGUUGUAUAGGGAAGCCCCAUUAACAAUGUCGCAACCAAAACGAUUCCUUCCUGUCAGCUCUCAGUUUGAGAUCAGCAUGUGUCCUCAAGAUCCAUACCCGUCUCUGUUUGCAUUCUUUCGGUGCCAUCGACUUCUAGAAUCAUGUUUGGUGUUAUUGGCUUGUCCGACUACAGCAGGUUAUUCAAGUGUGACAGGGACUGCACAAGAGAUCAUUGCUGCACUCUUGGAAUCACAAGAAGGAAUGCAAUUUCUUUCUUCAAACACUGAAGUUUGCAGUGCCAUUUUGCGAGUGCUAUUGCAACAGGCACCUCCAGUGUCUCCAGGCCCUCCAGAAGAUGGUUUAGAAGAAGGUGGUGGCUCCGCUCCUCCUGCUCAGCAGCUGGGAUUAUACAUGGCAUACAGACUCCAAGCAUUACAUCAUGUGGAUUCCCUUUUUGACAUUAUAAAUAUUGCAGAGAGCAACCAGCAAGCAUUUAUUGAUCCAGAUCAGACUGAUGUUUUAGAUCAUUUGCAUGGACUAUACAGUCUUGGUUAUUCUUCUGCUGGAAAACUCUCAUUAGUUCACGUGCUUAGCAGAGGAAAUAAUAUGAAUGUUCUUAUACAUUGCUUGUCUCAACCUGAUUCAUGUCAGUUGUCACUUGUAAACCCACAGUUGUUUCAAAUGAACUGUGCUAAAGUAAAGAAGUCUCCAGGCAAAUCCUAUGCUGCAGACCUUGUGGUUUUAACUGUAAAAUAUUCUGAUUAUGUUCCAUUCUUGCAGAAAUUUGGAAAAGAUAUUCUUGAGGUAAUUAUUAAAGAGGAAGAAAGUUGUGUGGCAAGUAGGCUUUUUGAAGUUGUGCCAUGGUUAAAAGUCGUUGAAAAUCCGUCCGUGUUUGUAUAUGAUGAUAUUGGAUUUCUGAGUGAAGUAAUUAAAAGAAAUAUAGAUACUUGUACAGCAUUCCCUGGAGAACUCAUUACAGCAAUUAGGAUCAUUAAAUAUUUAGGCAUUCCUCCUCGAGAUAAAGAUCUGACAAUUAAUCCUGAUGGUUUAGACACAGAAGAAUACAUAGAACUGAAAUAUAAAUAUGUCAUACUUCAGUUGUAUUCAUUAGAAGGCGUUUCUAAUAUUAUGUCAAUAUUUCAGAAAUUAUGCGAAUUUUAUGAGCAACCAUCCUUACAUUCUACAAAUUUUGUAGGUCAUCAAGGUUCUAUGUUGGUAUCUUUAGUUUUGCCAGCAAUGCAGUUAUUGCGAAGAAUGUUGACACAUGUUAUUCACUGCCGUAACACAGAAUUUAAAGAUUUAACUGCUGUUCCAGUGUUACUUCAAAUGUACAGUUUGAUGCAUGCUUUUCCUUCAUCGGCUUUGAGUAUUAUGGACUCUCAGAGAGUGUGUAGGGAAAUAAUUGAAACCUUACUGGCCUACACGCAGCCAGUUUCUUCUGAUGCAGCCUCUGAAACAGAAGCUUUGAACCGAAGCCUAUGGACUAUGAUGAUGUCUGAAGUUGUUAAAUAUGUUACUAUUGGGCCUCACACAUUCAUUCCAGGAUUGCUGAUUUUGUCAGAGCUAUUACCCUUACCUUUGCCAGUUCAAACACGGACAUCAUUGCCAGAAGACGAAACUAGUAGAAUAAUUAAUAGCCGAAAAUUGUGGAGUGCCCAUUUACAUUCUCUGGGAUCUGGUUUACAAGAACUUAUUGCUACGAUGAGUGGAAGCAGUUUUCAGCCACUUUUACAACUGUUGCGUCGUGUGUGUGUACAGUUGGCAGAUCUGGCUGCUCCAACUGCUUUAAUUGUCAGUCGUGGUGUUUUGGACACUGUACUUGACAGUCUACAACCACAACCAUUACCUCAAACAGUGUCUCAGCCUCCACCCUACCAACAUACAUCACCUGCAAGUCAGCCCACUCCAUCAUCCGUGGUCUCUUCACAGGCUGAAUCACCAUGUUCAGGACACACUGCUCGCCUCUUGAAUUUCCUUGCCUGCCUUGUGACACAUGCCUCUGUAAAAUCUGCUGUCCUUCAGUUGUUUUUGAGAGGUGGUGGUACAAAAGCUGAUGAACGCUACCCAGGACUAGUUGUGGCCCUAUUCAGUAUCUUGCGAUCUCCAUCAGAAUCACCAUCGCAUAUACAAGCUCAAGAAUGUGUUGUGUCUGUGAUUCAAUCGCUGUGUGAUACUGAGGUGACACUUCUUCCUCCUCCCUCUAAUGGAAUGUGUGGUGACCAACAGCUGAAUUUACCAACUGCUGAAGUAUACCUUGCAAAUGCUCUGCCACCACGAGAUUUGUUAGUGACAAUGAUCACCAUAAUGCUGGAACAUAUUUCUAACAUAGAACACAGUUUCACUACCCUGCUGCCAACUGUUCGCACAUUUCUCAUGUUAACGGAACAUGAUUAUGGAUUUUAUCAUCUGAAAAGUUGUUUGGACAAGAAGACAGAUGCCUUGUGGAAUUUAUUCAUAAAAUUUUGUGCUGGAUUUAGCAAAGAUAGUUCUGAUUGUUUGUCGACAUUGUCCACAAGUUUAGAACUUUUAAGAGUAUUCAUUUCAUUGGAAGAAGAGGAAUCUGGCCUCUCUCUUCCAGCAAGAACAAUGGUAAUGUCAGUUCCUGAGCUAGCCGUUGUACUGGGGUGGAAUAAACAAGAAGAAGAACUUCCCCAAGCAGGUGCAGUUACUGCAGAAAUUUUAGAAGGUGAAGUGGAAAGCAAAGAAGCGCAAGAUGAAGCAUCUCUUGGCCAGAACCGUAAAAAGCAUCCUUUGUUUUGCCUGGAGAAACUUUUGCAAGACUGCAGUUCAGAGGAGGAAGCAUUAGAUAGUUUACAUGAAAAUGUUACUAAUCUAAUACAUUUGCUGGAGGAAGAAGGUGGAAAGCCCGUGGAAAACAAAGAUCUUGUGGAGCCCAUUUUACCAGGACCAGAAAUAUUACUCGCCCAGUUCUCGGCCCGACCCGUUUUCAUGGUUGGGGAAGUAGAUGAUGAGAGGCUAGGCUCUACCUACUGGUUGGCCCCUCCUCCUGUUGAUGAAGCAGAUCAAGAUAUGGAACAGGUUACUUGCGAUCUAAUGGAGAUUACUCGACUGUAUCUUCCGGAUUUCCAUUUACCAAUGGAGACUGAAAGAUUAUAUAGAUUGAAGGAUAUAUCAGGUGAUGAUGAGGAAGGAGACCAAAUAAAAAAAAGAGGAGAAGAAAUGAAUAAAUACUUAGCAGCUGAUAACAAGAACAAGAGGCCUUUUGUUGCUCCUAUGAGAGGACGAGGUUUUGGAAGAUCUGUUCCCCAAAGAGGAGAUUUGUUUAGGUCUCGCCCACCUAAUACUUCACGGCCACCGUCAUUGCAUGUGGAUGAUUUUGUUGCAUUGGAAAUAUCAGGUCAACAACCAACUGGUCCUACUGGCUACAACAAAAUAUCAAUGCGAGCUGCAAAAGACAUAAUUGCUACCAGAUCUCGGGGCAGAGGUCGGGCUUUUGCUUCUGAUCGUGGUCGUUUCUUUGGUUCAACAACUCCCUAUAACCGACGUGAGAAUGGUCGAGGAAUUCCCCGUGGUGUUAGUUCAAUGCCUCCAAGGGUUGGAAAUGGUCGAGGAGCUGUAUCACCAGCGUGGCCUCCACAUAACAGUGAUGGUCCCAGCCCCACGAAUCAACCGGCUCCUCAGUCUCGAUCAUUCAGGACACCAGAAAUGCGUGACAUACGCAUGAUGCCCCGUUCUGAAGAAAAAUUUAAUGCAACUGGAGGAACUCGUUUUGGAAGUGGAAGAGGGGUUCGUGGUGGUGGUGGUGGAGGAGGCGGCGGUGGCGGCGGCGGCGGCGGCGGCGGCGGCGGUGGUGGUGGUGGCAGUGGUGGCGGUGGUGGUCCUGGGGGAUGGCAAACUAAAGAUAAUCGAGAGAGAUUUGGAGGACCUAGUGUUCGUGGAGGAGGGAGACGGGACCCACCUGUCAGACAUGUGCGAGCUUUUACACGAUAAAAGUGUUGCUGGUGCCACUCAAGAUAUUGUGCAAUCACUUGCCUGCACCAUUAUUUUACCUAUACAAUGAAGGGAGUGUUACAUAUUCUGUUAAAACACUCAAAGUAAUUUGAUGUAAAUCUUUUCUACAGAGACUUGAUUUUAAUUUCCAUUUCGUACUUGACACAGAGUGAUAAAUUUGUGUAUAUAAUUUAAUCAAUUUGACAGAACUUACAGCAAGUUCUUAAAAAACUGUCUAAGCAUUAGUGUAAGCUAUUUGCUGGUUUGAGGAAAAUUAUUUAAACAAGAAAACAAAAAAUUACGAUUUUUAAAAUGAACUUGUAAAUGCACCAUGUACCUAGUCUCUGAGGAACCUAGAACAGUUCUGAGAAGUGACACGCGAUCAUUCGUGCAUGAAAUGAUUAGUGGGACACAAUAGUUUUUUUGUGAAGUGCCAUUUUAGGAGAGAACAAUGUGUGUGUAUUGAAAUUUUUUUCUAAUCAACAUGUGUUGAUUUCUGAUCAUCACAAUAUUUUAUUGGGUGCACUAGUUCUUUGGUUUACCAAGACCUUCAUAUGUUGUAUAAUUUACUCAUUGGUUUAAGUCUGUAAAGUUGAACAGUUGUAAACAUUUUGUGAUUUUUCAUGUUGAAGUUAACUUAAAUUUAAGGAAUUGUUGUCCCAGAUUUUUUAUUGCUUACUCUGUGAAAGCUUUAAUAAUACUAGAUACUUACCUUAAAAGAUUUAGUGUCAUAUAUUUCAGUGGCAUUAAGAAAGAAAUAAGUAUAGUUUUUGUUUGUGUUUUUAUGUUAUUUUUACAUACAUUAGAAAAGACAAUUUAUCUUAUUUUCCUGCUAGAGUUAGAAAUGGACUUUUCCUGUUCAUAAUGUUGUCUUUGAUUUUUUAGCGAAUGAAAUGUCAAGUUACGAGCAUUAUUUUAUGCUAAGGAUUUAGGGCAAAUGUGUACAAGUACCAAAAAAUAUUCAGCAUUCAUAGUACUAACUUCUAAAACCAGGGAUAGUCAUAAAGAGUUUAUUGUAUUUUUACAUAAAGAAUUUGUUCUGUAUGUAAGGUUCGCUGAAUCUUCCUAGAUUGAGUAUAUUUGUUUAUUCAGUACUUGUUUGUAUGUAAAUAUGUAUCUGUACAUUUUGAAAAUAUAUUUUACAAUGAUUUAAGUCAGUAAUGCCAGGUUUGUAAAGAGAAAAGUUUUUCAGAGCAGAAAAACAAAAAAUGAGAUAUAUUGCUUUUGAAAUAAAAUGACAAAGGUAUUUUAAA